GUGAGAAACAAGAGGUGAAGGUUGUGCCAGUUGUAGCAGAGUGCAAACUUUGCACAUGUGAUAACAGUGGUCCCACAAGCAAGGCAAGAACAAAGUAAGUUUGUGAUGAUCAAGUGUGGAGUUUAGAACGGUAAAAACGUAGAUGAUCGUUUGUAAUUAUUUUUCUCAUUUCAGAUCUUUGUAUGCUAAAGGGUUGAAAAUGUUUUAGCUCCUGCAGGAAAUUCAGUGUUUUUAACAAAUAUUGUUCUUUCUUAAAAGUUACAACAAUGAAUUUUAAAACUCAAUCAAAAUUUCUUCUAUACAACUUGUCUAUUUCACACAUUAUCACCACAUGUCCAACUAUAUAUUUUAUUGGAAAUUAUAUAGUUUACUUUGAGGUGGUGACAUUUUAAUAAGAUCAAUAAAAGGUACAAGUGAAAAUCUUCCUCCUAUAUAUGCACACAUUUUAACACUUAAUAUCCACAUAGCAUAUAUAGUACUAAAAAAAAAACUGUUGUAUCCAAAUGACUUUUCCCUAUCGCAAUGGUGAAGAAUCUAUAUUACAACAGCUAGUGUAAUCAACAGGAAUGUCUAAUGAAAACUAAAUUGCUGUCAAAUUCAUCAUCUGAGUUAUUUUUUUAACAAAACUUCCAUCAAUAAGUGUAAAAAAAAAGCAACUCAAUAUUUGAUGAAAAUCCUUACUUUAAUCAAGCUAUUUUCAUUUCAAUUAUGAAUGAAGUAAACAUGCUAAGGGUGUGCCAAAGGGAGGCUAUUCAUGAAUUAUUUUUUUUGCUUUGCAUCUCAUGGAUAUAAAGUGGGAAACUGAUAUUAUUCUACAUGUUCAAGUCUACCUACUGAGAAAUCAUCUCAUCACCCAUGUUUAUUAACACUUGAACCCCCACCACCAUGUGUGAUAGUGAUUUAGAUAUUUAGGAUGCUUUGUUUUUCAAAUAAAAUUGUAUCCUGUGAAAGGCUACUUAGAAUUAAAUAACAUGAAUUCAAAAAAUAUUUUGUGGAUUACAUACAUGCUAAAAUUUAUGAAAAAAUUUGUAAUUUAACUAUUUUACGCCAUCUUUUUUCUAUGUCGUGACUUCACAGAAUUCCUAAAAUCUAUUUUGGUACUCGCACACACAAACAAGUAGCCCAGAUCGUGAGAGAGCUUAGGAAGACCCAAUACAGCAAUGUCAAGUACGUUUACAACAAACCUGUGUGAAGUAUGUGCUCCAGUGUUUUCAAUACUGGAUAGUCACAAAUCUCCAAGAAAUUUCUGUUAAAGUUAAAUAUCUAUUAUCUAAUAAAUCAUGUGAAUUUUAUAAGAGUCGUAAACAUCAUUGGUUUGUGUGUAUAUUAUAAGUAAUGUAAAUGCCACGGGUUUGCAUGCAGUAAGCGGGAUCUUGUCUGUCAUUCUCAUUUAACAGGCCCAUUUUGUAUUAAAUAAUUUUAAUAACAUAUCUUCAGAACUAUGACUUUGAUUUUGAUAAUAAAAUGCUAUACAACGCAUUUAUUUCUGGUCCCUGUCCUUAGAAAUAUUGCUGACUUUGUGGUCACUUAUAAUGUACAAGAAGAUGUAUUUUUUCUUAAAUAUGCAUUUUAUAAAAAAAAAUAUUUUAAAAAAGGGGGCAAUUUUAGAUAAACUUAAAAUAACAAAAUAUUACAUUAGAAAGAGGAGUACAAGUAUUCUAAAUCUAACAUCAAAAAUGUAUUUCUCCUGCUAGAAUGACCAUCCUAGGAAGUCGAGAGCAUACAUGUAUUCAUCCGGAGGUAUCCAAAAUGAAGGCUAAGAACGAUGGCUGCAAAGAACUACUCAAUGUAACAUUACUAUUUUUUUUCCUUCUUAACUUCAUCUUUACAUUUUAGAACAGGAAUAACUUUAUCAGGGUUUCUUAAUAUAAACUUAAUUAUAUUUUUCAGAAUUAAAAAAUUCCAUGACACACAGAUUCUUAUUGUUGAUAGUUAUAGCAUUAAAUCUAGUUAUCCCAUUUUUUUUUUUUUUUGGUUUGAUAGAGCCAUCUUUAUUAAGAUAUGGUAGAAUUUUAUUAUCCAUAUUUGGCUAUCUAUGUAUAUGAGAGUAUAAAUUAUAAAUCUAAAAUUUUGCUGAGAUUCACACUCAACUGAUGAAAAUCCUGCAGAUUUGUCUGAAUAGAGACUGAAAGAAAUUCAUUGAGCAUGCCACCAGUCUCAUUAUCAUUUCAGGGUCCAGGUUGUCGUUUUAAAGAUUCAACUCAGAGGUUUACCUCACAAAAUGUUGUUAAAGGAAUGGGGCUUAACAAUGCCUGGGACAUAGAGGACCUGGUACAGUUGUGUAAAGUGAAAAAAGUAAGUAGGACUUACAGAAUUUAGUGUAGCUGUGCUGACAAAAAUAAUUUUCAUUUUUAGUAACUAAGAAAAGAUAUAUUUGUUUGGCAUUUUAAUGUAACAUUACAUGUACCAUUUGCACCUAUAUCCUUACCGUAUUAUAAAAUUAUUAUGAACAAUUUUGUUUUUCCGAAAAUGAAUUUUUAAGAAGUUAAUUAAAAAAUUAAAUUAAUAAACUUAUAUAUGUAUAUUUUCUUUUCACUUUAUGAAAUUGGUAUGUAUUAAUGCAGUCAGUGUAUUCUUUCAGGCCUGUCCAUACUUUCUGUCUCGUGGCCUCAAAGAUGAAGCUGACCUUAUUAUAUGCCCUUACAACUAUUUAAUAGACCCUAUCAUCAGAGAUGCGGUUAGUAGAAAAAAAUUUUGGGUCGGACAUAAGAAUUUUGACAUUAAUUCCAUUAUUAAACACUAACCUUGAAAAGCUGCAAGUCAGAAUCUUGAAAUAUUGAGAGGAAAAAAAUAAAGCCAGCUUGAUGUUUGGUCUUACAGUUGAAGAGCUAUAGAUUAAAUAUCUACAAUUGGUUUUAUUAACCAUUAAAUAGAAAUGAAUAUGAUGUAGAAUUAUAGAUUAAAUAGAAAUGAAUAUGAUGUAGAACUAUAGAUUAAACAUCUAAAGUUGGUUUAAUUAAUCAUCAAAUAGAAAUGAAUAUGAUGUAGAACUAUAGAUUCAACUUCUACAGUUGGUUUUAUCAAAUAGAAAUGAAUAUGAUGUAAAACUUUUUUUUUUUUAAUUCCCAGAUGGCCAUCAGCAUAAAAGGUCAUGUUGUCAUCUUGGAUGAGGCCCAUAACAUCGAGGAUGCAGCCAGGGAGGCAGCCAGUCAAAGUAUUACACAAGAAAGUAUUGUCAAGGCUGUUAGGGACAUAGAGAUACUCAGUGAGUAUAAACAAAAUAGUGUCAGAGCUGUACCUCAACAGAAUGACUAUUUUGUUUAACCAAGUGGAGAAAAAAAAUGUUAAAAAGUCAUUACUCAGUUGUUUCCUGUCUUGAUAUAUUUUCACAAGUUAUCAAAGUUUUUUUCCCCACUAUUCUUCUCAGACUUCUAAUAUAAAUGUUAGUGCCAUUAUAAAUUUUAGUGAGAUACUUUCAAUUCAGGACAUAAGUAAGGAAAAUGGAAGGUGGGUGAAAACCUCCUUAUGUGAACUGUUUUCUAUUUAUCAGAUGGCAUGAAACACACCCAAAAUAUUUUAGCACUGUUAGCUAAAUGACAAUUUUUCCAUUUUCAGUUGAGAGGAACAUUGAUAUUGCUGAUUAUUCCAAGCUCAGGGCUGUGGUGAGGAUUGUUUAUCAAUUUUCAAGAAUAUAAUUUUUUUAAAACAGUUGUCCAUUAAGUUACGUACUUUGAGUGUUACUUACCGUUAUGGUCUUAAAGAUUUAGUGUAUGUUAAUACAAAACAAAUAAAUAACAAAAGAACUGAUCAAACAGUAUGCAAAGAAAAUGAUGCCAACGCUACAGAUAUAAAAAUUUAAUUUAAAUUAAUUUUUAUACAAGUACAAAUUUCAGUACUGAACCUAAAAAACAUAUUAAUGUACAGCAAGUGAAGAAGGGUACAAACCUCAACACACAAAUAUUAAUUUAUGCACACAGUAAUAUAACAUCUCGUAUGUCUUGCUAAGUCUAAAAGGUAAGUCAAGCCUUAUGUUAUACAAGGCUAUACAUAACAGUGAGAAAACAACAAAACUCUUUUUUGUUCUCACUCUUGAGAUGCAACUUGUGUAAAUUGCUUGAUUGCAGAUUACAUAGGAUUGCGUAAACUAGGGUGCCCAAAUCAUGAAUUGGAAAAAACGGGACACACACAAGGAGGGUUUGGGGUGGGAUACCCUCCAGCUAAAAAGUGGAGGCCUCUGCCGGAAACUGUUUUGAAAUAUGCUCAUUUUAACUAUUUUAAGACCUAGAAAUCUUUUAAAAAUUUACCUUCACUUUUGUAAUUUAAUUUAAACUCUGAGGCAUAUCAUAAAAGAAAACAAGAAUUUUGCAGUGAAUACUCAUUUAUUUAUACAUAUAAGAUCUAUGGCAGGGACACUGUCUUUUACGCAGUGUUGGCAGAGUGGUGGAGGGGGAACAGUGCAGCCAUCACGAGCCCAUAUCACUACUGGCACUGGCUACACAGCUAGUCAAAAUUUUAUUUGAAGUUAUAUUAUAAAUUAGGAAAUUUUACUGAUUUGAAAAUGUGUUUCGUUUUAGAAACGGGACGUUAAGGCGUCCCGAGAGACAUUUUCGGGACACAGGGUAGGAUCAUGAAAAAACGGGACAAUCCCAUUUUUACGGGACGUUUGGUCACCCUAACGUAAACACUUUCCUCAAUAUCUAUGAUUUCUUAUGACUGGACUAUACUUUACUUCAACAGCUGCACAACCUUGACACCUUCAUAGAUGAGAACAAGAAUAAAUUGGAGCAGAAAGAUUUUGACAGAGCAUAUAAAAUCUGGUCGGCUUUUCAUAUUGUAGCCCAACUGGAAUCACUGGGUCUUGGGCCAAAACAUUUUCCCAACAUAAAGGUAAGUGAACAUAGGAUUGUGUUUAAGAUAUUCUGGUUUCUGAACAGUCUCAAGCCUAAUUAGAAAUUGGUUUAGAAGAGGCAAUAUUUUUCAGACGUGAGCUGAAAUUGAAAAGAUGGUGGAAAUAUUUCUUUGUUACUAUCAUUGUUGCAACAGGAAGUAAUGAAGUACUACUGCAGUCAUCAAUCAUUUGAUAGAAGUUAUGAUAAAACUUGCCAUUGAUCCAGUUCACACACCAUCCAAUGAAGCCAUUGUGCCAGCUUUCGCUGUUGAAUUAUUUUAAGAAUAUUUAGACAUUUAAUUUCAUGCAUGCUAAAAUUUUCUUUUAUACUCCUGAUGUAUUGAAUUUAAAAUUGUUUGUAUCUUGUAGACGGCUUAUACAUCGGUGAAGUCUGCAGCGGAGGAGAGAAAGGAGGAAUCGUUCAAAAAUGGACUGACGCUUGACCUCCUGGAGAUGAAACCAGCCACAGAUGUUUUGUUGACCCAGAUCUUUCAAGUGCUGGAAUACUUGUACAGAGCUGACAUGAAAUAUGUGGAUGAUUACAGGUGCUUGUCCUGGCUUUAAUACAUUUUUCUUGGUUUGAGUCUAUCCAUUUUUUUUUUAAUUUUUUUUUUAUUUUUAAAGAAAAUCCCUGAAUAUUGAAUCAUAUGAAAUCACAAAUUAUUAAUCAAGCAGAACUUUGGUUUAAACUUAUCAUCAAAUAUUGACAUGGUUUAAGCUUUGUUUAAAAACAUUUAAUUCAGCUAAAUCUUGGUUAUUGUUUUUUCAGGGCUUCUUUGGUGCAGUCAUAUCAGUUUUCCAGAGUCAGUGUAAGAUAUUUUUUGUUUUCAGUGAUUAUAUAUCAUUACUCACGGAAAGAAUAAUGGGCUUGAUUUUCUUACAAGACCAGAAUUUUAAAUACCUUCAAAAGAUAGAUAUUACUGGUUUUUGACAAAUCAAAAUUCUUAUUUUACAUUUAAAAUUCUUGUGGCAUAUUUUUUUUAAAAUAUUUCUUUUUGACUUUUACAGGAUGGUCAGUGGUUAAAUGCAAAGAAUGGAUUCAAUGGUAAUGUUGCCAGUAAAAAGAACAAAGUUGAUUCACGUUACUUUUUUUACAUUAAUUAUAUCAUACUUUUUAAAAAAAUUGAAUCACCUAUAGUAACACAAAAGUAUCGAAUGUUAAAAGUAAUUUGACACAACUGUAGAUGAGUAGCAUUCCUUGUAUUUAAUUUUCAACAAAUGGUAACUGUGCUCUAAACCAGGUCGAAACUACCAGCAAGAAUCCACUGCAGUGUACACGCUUAACUUCUGGUGUAUGAAUCCAGGUGUUGUAAGUCAUUUUUUAUUUAUUUUUACAAGUCCCUAACCUUUAGCACUGUGUCUAUGAAAGUAAUCAAAUUUUAAUUUCUACUAUAAAAGUCCAUUUACUUUAUUUUUCAAACUUGAAGCUUUAAUAUUAAUACUAGAAGAUGUUUCUAACAUCAUUGGAUUCUGAGAGUUUUUCGUCCUCUAUAUGAUAUAGCUUACCUAACUGUUCAAAUACUGUACAAAGAAAACAUUUUCUAAAAAUUUUAAACAUGUCCUUAAAUUUAAAAAAUCUAUGUAUUAUUUUAAAUAUCUGUAACAUUAACGAAUGUAUAUUGAUAUCGUCAUUAAAAAUUCACCCUAAUAUUUUUUCAGUUUAUUUAAAGAAUAUAGUUAAAAUAUUUUUAAAGUAAAAUUUAUUCAAAUGAUAAAAUCUUUAAUAUAAGUGGGUUUGGAAAUAAUGAUAAUAAAUAAACCCCAGCACCAUAAAAAAAAAUUCCUCACCCUUGAAAUGUAAAAACACAAAAUUUUAUUUAAAAUUAUCGAUCAAACUAUUUAAAUGCAAUUUUGAAAAAUAUUGCUUGAUCAGCAUUUUCUUAUUUUAAAUAUAUGUUUAACAUUUUGUUCCAAUUUUUUUCCUUUAUGAAUUUAGUAAAUUGCACAUUUUUUGAGUGAAAAAAAAGUACCUAUACAACCUGUUAACGAUAUGUAAAGCUUAAUUUUGUAUGGUGUGUUGAAACAAUAGUUAGCAAUUCUAAAUAAAUAUUAUAAUUAACUUCUUAUAAAGUUAUUCUUAAUUUUUGUUCCUUGAAUUUAAGCGAAAAUUCGAUAUUGUUUGGAGUUAUUUGAGCCAUUAAUGUAAAUUUUAAUUUCAUUUCACAAUUUUGACUACACAAUAUAUGUUAAAUCUGAUUUUUAGGGCUUCCCCAAAAAAUUCCUUACAAAUUAAUAAUAGUACUACAUAGAUGAUAAAUGAUUGUUGGUAAAAUAGGAAGUCAAUCUUCUUCUAUACAAUAAAGUGUUGGACUGGGAUAAAGCUUUAAAAUAGGUUAAUUAGACAUGAACAAUUUGUGUCACUAUAACAGUAUAAUUUAAGCUCUAAUAAUAAAUUAUAAAUUGGUAAAUGGUAAAUUAUAGAUUUGUUUUUUGUUGACUUUGUACCGCGCUUCGAGCCUUUGGGGAUGAAGCGUGUUUUUGAAAUGAACUUCAUUAUUAUUAAUAAUUUUACAGAAUACAAAAGUAUACUUUUCGGCACAUGCCUUCAUCAGUACAACAAAAAGACAAUGAAAUAAGUAUAAAUUAAAUACUAUACAAUAUCUUAACUCUCACUUUCAGAUAAAAUACUUAAAUUAAUUCUUUAAUUAUUAUAUUAAUUUCCUAUUUGGUACAAAAGUAAAUGAUUCCUUUCAGAAUUCCAAUUAGAUUUAGAAAUUUCAUCUUGAACACAAAUUUGCACGUUCUUUGGUGCAGUAAUAGGGAAUUCUUAUAUUGUGGAUUAAGGAACACUAACAUGGUGACAUAAGCUUAUUCUUAUAAGGUGUUAGUAUUUGCUAUAAAGGGAAGAUCAUUCAAUUUUAUGAAAUAUUUAAAUACUUGACCUCCUGAAUCUAAAAGAAAAAUGCAAUUUUAAAUAGGUCAACCAUGCUAAUGAUUUAAUUUGCACUUUUGCAUGGAGUUUUUGGUUGUUGUUCUUUUCAUGCUACACAACUGACUAUCAUAAUGAAGUUGAUGGGAGACCUCAUUUAUUGUCACUUAAUGAAUGCUUCAUUUAAAGUUCCCAGUAGAUUUCAUCUAGGACAAAAUAAAUGUUAUGCGUUGUGAGCUGACACUGUUUCUGUCCAGGACCUCCUUUUACACGAUGUCUUUGUUUUCUUUCUAUUAUAACUAUCCAUCUCUCGUCUAUAAAUUUUCAAUAAUUAAUAUAUAAUACCCUAAAACUUAUCAAAAUUUUCCUGGCAGCCUUUGAAUAUUUUGAACAUUUUUCCUUGAAAAUACCAGCACUUUGCUACAUUCUGGCUUAAGAUGUCAGUGUGUCCUCAGAUUAAGAUGUCAGUGUGUCAUCAGAUUAAGAUAUCAGUGUGUCAUCACAUUAAGAUGUCUGUGUCAUCAGAUUAAGAUGUCAGUGUGUUAUCAGAUUAAGAUGUCAGUGUGUCAUCAGAUUAAGAUGUCCAUGUGUCAUCACAUUAAAGAUGUCUGUGUGUCAGCACAUUAAGAGGUCUGUGUCAUCAGAUUAAGAUGUCAGUGUGUUAUCAGAUUAAGAUGUCAGUGUGUCAUCAGAUUAAGAGUCAGUGUUCCAUCAGAUUAAGAUGUCAGUGUCAUCAGAUUAAGAUGUCAGUGUGUCAUCAGAUUAAGAUGUCAGUGUGUCAUCAGAUAAGAUGUCAGUGUGUCAUCAGAUUAAGAUGUCUGUGUUUCAUCAGAUUAAGAUGUUAGUGUGUCAUCAGAUUAAGAUGUCAGUGGGUCAUCAGAUUAAGAUGUCAGUGUGUCAUCAGAUUAAGAUGUCAGUGGGUCAUCAGAUUAAGAUGUCAGUGUGUCAUCAGAUUAAGAUGUCAGUGUGUCAUCAGAUAAGAUGUCAGUGUGUCAUCAGAUUAAGAUGGCAGUGUGUCAUCAGAUUAAGAUGUCAGUGUGUCAUCAGAUAAGAUGUCAGUGUGUCAUCAGAUAAGAUGUCAGUGUGUCAUCAGAUUAUGAUGUCCGUGUGUCAUCAGAUUAAGAUGUCAGUGUGUCAUCAGAUUAAGAUGUCCAUGUGUCAUCAGAUUAAGAUGUCCACGUGUCAUCAGAUUAAGAAUUACCCGAACACUCACAAGAAAAUGUUAUUUGUCUCAGGCAUUUUCAGAUUUUGCAGAGACAAGGAGCAUUAUCUUGACCAGCGGCACGUUGUCCCCCCUUGGUUCCUUUCAGUCAGAGCUGGGACUCUCCUUUAGCAUACAGCUGGAAGCUAACCAUGUCAUCAGAGACUCACAGGUAAGUUAUAAAUGUUUAUUUCCAUUUCUUAGCUGUUGUUUUAACAUAAAAGUUCAUUAUCUGGAGCUCAUUUGGGAUCUAAAUAGUAGGACAAGGUAUGUGAAGGAAAUAGUAGAACCAUGCCUUUGUAAGCUUGUAUGGAAAGACAGGACUGUAAGACAAGAACGUUUCAGCUAAGAGCCUUCAUCAGCAGACGUUUAUUAUUAUUUGGUAGUCUACAUUGAAAUACUUGAGUUUAAAUCAUUUAUUUUUUUGCUGGGUUUGCAUUGAUUUGUCAACCAAUUUUUUUUUUUUUUUAAUUUUCUUGGGGUUGAGGAAAACCCUUAGUGAAAAAAAUCUCAACCAUCUGUCAGAAUAGAGCAGAACGUUUGCUAUGGGGUUAACAAGUACCGGUCUUCUCUUUCUUGGCACAAACAUGAUGUAUGUAGGUUCAUUUGAAACUUUUUUUUUUCCCAUUUGUUCUGUCUAUUUUAUACUGAGUUUAUUUUUAGGUGUGGGUGGGCACCAUAGGAUCGGGUCCGACUGGAGGGAAGCUUCAAGCCGUCUUCAGGAAUCUUGAAACAUUCGGUUACCAGGAUGAACUGGGAGGCUUGGUGCUGAGGGUUUGUGAGGUUUGUCAACAAUUUUAUUUGGACCUUGAGAAUUUAAAUCAUCAUCUAAAGAUAAGUUUGGAUGUGUUAAGAAUGUUUAAUUUGAAUCACUUUUACAACAGUGUCCCUCGCAACUUUGGUUCUUUUAGUUAGCUGUAUGUGACUCUUGUGAGUGUCAAAUGUGUCACAUUGUGAGAGUCAAACUGUCGCAUGCACAAUUUUUUUUUGUAUAACUAUUUAUUUUUAAAUUAUCAGAUUGUUCCAUAUGGAGUGCUGUGUUUCUUGCCUUCAUAUAAAGUUCUGGAGAAAGUGACAAGUCGAUGGGAGGUAAAAAUAUAAGUUUUUUGCUUUGUUUUUUUUUCUUGGGUCAAAAUAAUUUUUUUUGAAAAUUGAGAAUGUUUGCAUUGUUUAAACACAAAGAUAAAAAAAGACUCCGAUGAAUAUUUUGUUAUCAUUUUGUUGAAAUUGAUAUUUUAUUUUGUUAAAUAUAUUCCAGAGCACUGGUCUCAUGAAGAAAUUGUCUCACAUAAAAAAGAUCAUUAAAGAACCACGUGGCUCAGACAAAUUAGACUUUGAGGGCCAGAUGGAUAUUUUCUAUGAGGCCAUGAAAACAACUGGUGCCGAUGAGGGUAAUAUAGUUUGUGGUGUUUUUUUUUCAACCUAACACCAUCCAUAAUUAUCAUCAGUGUUAAGCUCCUACAAGGAUUUCCUACAAAAUAAAAUUUAAUCCACUUCACUCCUUGAGAUUUUUACUUAAAAUUUACUUACUUUGUUAAUGUUAGGUAGAUGUUCUUGCAUUGCCUUAGCCUUGAACUUUCUUAAUCCGAUACAGAUGAAGCAAACACUAAUGGAGCCAUUUUCUUUGCCGUCUGUAGAGGAAAAGUCAGUGAAGGCUUAGAUUUUGCCGACAACUUUGCUAGAGCUGUCAUCAGUGUGAGUUCAAUUAUAUUACCAUUUGACUAGUUGCAUGGCUAGUAUCAACAAUUGAUGGGGGGGGGAUCUCAAGUUGAUUUUAAAAAAAUUAGCUUUAUCACUUGCUUAGGAUGUUGAAUGGAAACACAUAGAUCAAAAAGAGUUGAAAUCAUAUUGUGAGAGGGGGGGGGGGGACACAUCAGAAGAAGAGAUUAAAAAAUUGUCAAGUUCAGAUUUUCACCAUUUUAUACCAAAAAUAUAUUUAUCUUUUUUUUGUAAAUAAGUUUCAAUAUAAGUUAUAAGAGAAUUAAUUUAAUAAUUUAACCUGAAUUUUUUGGUUCUCUCACUCAGGUGGGCAUUCCAUUUCCUAACUACAAAGAUGUUCAGGUAAAAAUAAUGAUUUUAAUGCUGCUUCAGAAUUGUGUUACUUUAAUUUGUUACAGAUAUAUCAUUUUAAUACGUUUCUUGGUUUUGAAAAAAAAUUAGGGUUAGGGCUUUAAAUGGUUAUAGCUGUAUAACAAGGUUAAUAGCCAGAGUGUGCAUUUGCUCACUCAAUAACCUGUAAUGUGGCUAGCAAAGAUCAAGAACUUAAAUUUUAUUUCCUUGUACCUCAGGUAGAACAAAAGAGACAGUACAAUGACAACCAUCGUAAAAGUCGUGGCCUACUGAGUGGACAACAGUGGUAUGAGAUACAAGGAUUUCGGGCCCUCAAUCAGGCCCUGGGGAGGUGUAUCAGGCACAGGUAGAUUUUUUAAUGAACUUUAAACUUGUAAAACAAAGGCUAAACAUAAACCUACUCGGCAUCCAAGAGUUCAGGUAAUGGUAGGUUGUUGAAAUGUACGUCUCAAUGUCCAGUGUUCAUCUAACCUAGACUACUUGUUUGGACAUUGUCUCUCACUUCGUCCCCACAGACCAGUGCAACUGAUGCCAUUCCAAUACACUAAACCCUGAACAGUUUGUUGCACGCUAUACGUUUUUUACACAUCAUCACAACAUGGCACAGUAAUGUAUGCUGUACUUAAAAUCCAAUGGGUUAAGAAAAUCAAAGUACUUCCUUAAAAAUACAUCCCGCCGAAGUCCGCAACACACAAGCUAAACAGUGAAUAUCCUUCAACUCUGCUGUACGGCCAUCUGCCCACCAUAACAAAAACAAAACUAACACACCAUUUCCCCUUACCCAACUCACAUAAUAGAUAAGGCUACACAUAUACUCCCUACACCAAACAUCUUUUCCAUUCCAAACAUAACAACAGUGAUUCUCAUGCCCUUGGCAUAGGUGUAUCAGGCGCUCGUAGAUGAUAUCACCUUGUGGACAGGAUGUGUGCAAUAUGGAACAGCUGUUUUAUUUUAUAAAUUUAUUUAGCGGGGAUAAAAUAAAAUUAUUUACAAUAAAUUUCAUAAAAUAUAGCCAUAAUAAUUAAACAUAAAUGUGCAGAAGUAAAUGUGAAUGUUAAAUAUUUCCUAACAACAGUAUUCUCUUCUUUCCCCCCCGCCCCCAAAAGGCAAGAUUGGGGAGCUUUGAUUAUAGUGGAUGAGAGAUUCCUCAAAGAUCCACCCAAGUACUGUAAUGGUAAGCCUUGAGAUUCUUUCUGUUUUGACAAAGCACCUCCUUUGUCUACAAACUUUUCAUUAAAAUCCUUGCAGUUGUCAAAUCUGCUUCACGCAUUCACCAUGAGUCCAGUUGUUGCUCUGUUUGUCGUGCACAUUUACUAUCUGUGAAAAGUCAUGUUAUUGGUUUUUGUGACAUUUUCUGAUUUAGACUGCUUAAAAUUCAAUCAGAGAACCUGGUUGAGCUCAUGACACAUUUUGUUUUCUAAUGCCACUGAUGUCAACAUUGUUAGCAGUCAUCUCUGUUCAUUGAUGUCAACAUUGUUAGCAGUCAUCUUUGUGUUCAUAGAGCUCAUUUAAGAGCUUAUUGUUUUAUAUUAUUUCUAUAUGAAAUUGUCCAUUCCUUUCAGGCUUGUCCAAGUGGGUUCGUAACAAGAUUCAACCCUUUCAGGAGUUCUCUAAAGCUAUGAACUCUUUGUGUGAGUUUAUCACUGUCAGGAUGGAGGCUGACAAGGAAUCCAAG